UCGUGAGACAGAGAAGAAGAAGAAGCAGCAGUAGAAGUAAUUGACUCUCUCUCUCUCUCUCUCUCUCUCUCUCUCUCCCUAGAUUCGUCUGUGUAUCUCUCUCGCGAAAUCUUAACUUGUAAACUAUGGCGAACAGCAAUCUUCCAAGAAGGAUUAUCAAGGAAACGCAGCGGCUCCUUAGCGAACCUGCUCCUGGAAUAAGUGCUUCUCCGUCCGAAGAAAACAUGCGGUAUUUCAACGUCAUGAUCUUGGGACCAACACAAUCUCCUUAUGAGGGAGGUGUAUUCAAGUUGGAACUGUUUUUACCUGAAGAGUAUCCAAUGGCUGCACCAAAGGUUCGGUUUCUCACAAAGAUUUACCAUCCUAACAUUGACAAGCUUGGAAGGAUAUGCCUUGAUAUUCUAAAAGACAAAUGGAGUCCAGCUCUCCAGAUCCGAACAGUAUUGCUGAGCAUCCAAGCACUUCUUAGUGCUCCAAAUCCAGAUGACCCGCUCUCUGAAAAUAUUGCCAAACACUGGAAAGCAAAUGAGGCAGAGGCUGUCGAAACAGCAAAGGAAUGGACAAACCUAUAUGCCAGUGGAGCUUGAUGGAAUUAGUAUAGCGUGUUGACCACCAGCCAGAUAACAUUUUCUGUAAUGGUGUAAGCCUAGAUGAUGUCCAGUUUGUUUUCUAAAUGGAAAUUAAAGGAUUGAUGUCUUAAUGUUGGAAGAUAUUCCAUUUACAGAAAUGUUCAUGUGUUCAAGCAGUUAAAUCGUUUUUGUUCUCUUGGAAAAGAAAAGUGUGUUCUUAUAUGUAUGUUGGACGAGGAUCAUCUCAGAUUCUUUAUCUCAUAGUCAUCUACCAUACGAUAUUGUAUAAAAAGAACCAUAAGUAUUAUUUCAUGUAUUUGGAUAUUACCAGCCUCA